UGCAGCAGAUAAACGCCACCACUUCCCCACACUGUCUCUCCUUUUUUCGCAGCCCUCAUCAGCCUAAACCCCUCUUUCUCUCAAUAUCUCCAUCUCACUUAUCUGCUCUUUCUCUCUCAGCCCCAAAAAUGGGUGCUUCGCUUCCUCCCAAAGAAGCCAAUCUCUUCAAACUCAUCGUUAAAUCAUAUGAAACUAAACAGUAUAAGAAGGGAUUGAAGGCAGCAGAUGCUAUAUUGAAAAAGUUUCCAGAUCAUGGAGAAACUUUGUCAAUGAAGGGAUUGACUUUGAAUUGCAUGGAUCGCAAAUCAGAAGCAUAUGAACUUGUCCGGUUAGGACUAAAGAAUGACCUCAAAAGCCAUGUUUGCUGGCAUGUCUAUGGUCUCCUUUACCGAUCAGACCGAGAAUACAGGGAGGCGAUCAAAUGUUAUCGGAAUGCCCUGAAGAUUGAUCCAGAUAACAUUGAAAUACUACGGGACCUUUCCCUCUUGCAGGCACAAAUGCGGGACUUGGCAGGUUUUGUUGAAACAAGACAGCAACUUCUGACUCUGAAACCAAAUCAUCGGAUGAAUUGGAUAGGAUUUGCGGUUGCUCAUCAUUUAAACUCAAAUGGUGCAAAAGCAAUUGAAAUCCUUGAAGCAUAUGAAGGGACAUUAGAAGAUGAUUAUCCUCCAGAAAAUGAACGCUGCGAGCAUGGGGAAAUGCUUUUAUACAAGAUUUCCUUAUUAGAGGAGUGCGGCUUUAUUCAGAGAGCUUAUGAGGAGUUGCUGAAGAAAGAGUUUAAAAUUGUGGAUAAAUUAGCUGUCAAGGAGCAACUUGUUUCUCUUUUUGUGAAGCUUGAUUGCCUAGAAGAAGGUGAUAAAUUGUACAGGGCAUUACUUUCCAUGAAUCCUGACAAUUACAGAUAUUAUGAAGGCCUGCAAAAGUGUGUUGGACUUUUUUCAGAGAAUGGUCUGUAUUCUCCUGAUGAAAUUGAUCGUUUAGAUGCCUUGUACAAAUCGCUUGGACAGGAAUAUCGUUGGUCAUCUGCUGUUAAGAGAAUACCGCUUGAUUUUCUACAAGGUGAAAAAUUCCGGGAAGCAGCUGAUAACUAUAUUAGGCCUCUGCUAACCAAGGGAGUUCCUUCAUUGUUCUCUGAUCUUUCUCCUUUGUAUGAUCACCCUAAUAAGGCAGACAUUCUGGAGCAACUGAUUCUUGAGCUGGAGCAUUCAGUUAGGACAACCGGGGGAUACCCUGGGAGGGAAGAAAAAGAGCCCCCUUCAACACUUAUGUGGACUCUGUUUUUAUUGGCUCAGCACUAUGACAGACGGGGCCGAUAUGACAUUGCUCUCACUAAAAUUGAUGAGGCUAUAGAGCACACUCCGACUGUUAUUGAUUUAUACUCAGUCAAGGCCCGAAUAUUGAAGCAUGCAGGUGAUUUGGAAGCUGCAGCAGCCUUGGCAGAUGAGGCUAGGUGUAUGGAUCUUGCAGAUCGCUACAUAAAUAGCGAAUGUGUUAAGCGCAUGCUGCAGGCAGAUCAGGUGGCUCUUGCAGAAAAAACAGCUGUGUUGUUCACAAAAGAUGGGGAUCAGCAUAACAACCUUCAUGACAUGCAGUGCAUGUGGUAUGAACUUGCUUCUGGCGAAAGUUACUUCCGCCAAGGUGAUCUUGGACGGGCCUUGAAAAAGUUUUUAGCAGUAGAGAAGCACUAUGCUGAUAUUACCGAAGACCAAUUUGACUUCCAUUCUUAUUGCCUAAGGAAAAUGACAUUGCGUGCCUAUGUGGAAAUGCUGAAAUUUCAAGAUCGGUUGCAUUCACAUGCGUAUUUUCGCAAAGCAGCUAGUGGAGCUAUCAGAUGCUAUAUAAAAUUGUAUGAUUCUCCUUCAAAGUCAGCUGCUGAAGAAGAAGAUGAAAUGUCAAGGUUACUUCCUUCUCAGAAAAAGAAAAUGAGGCAAAAGCAGAGGAAGGCAGAAGCCAGAGCUAAGAAAGAGGCAGAAGGAAAAAAUGAGGAAACAAGUGCUAGUGGUGUCUCCAAGUCUGGAAAGCGACAUGUAAAGCCUGUAGACCCAGAUCCACAUGGGGAGAAGUUAUUGCAGGUUGAAGAUCCAUUGUCGGAAGCUACAAAGUACUUAAAGCUGCUUCAGAAGAACUCACCUGAUUCAUUGGAAACACACUUGCUUUCUUUUGAAGUGAAUAUGAGAAAGCAGAAGAUUUUGCUUGCCUUUCAGGCUGUAAAGCAGCUCCUAAGGCUGGAUGCUGAAAAUCCAGAUUCGCAUCGAUGCUUGAUUAGAUUUUUCCAUAAAGUGAGCUCUAUGGAUGCUCCAGUGACUGACACAGAGAAGCUCAUUUGGAGUGUUUUAGAAGCAGAGCGCCCUAGUUUCAGUCAGUUGCAUGGAAAAUCUCUCACUGAGGCGAACAUCUCUUUCCUUGAGAAACACAAAGAUUCUUUGACGCAUAGAGCAGCAGUGGCAGAAAUGCUCUCUGUCUUGGAACCAGAUAAGAAGGCUGAGGCUAUCAAAUUAAUUGAAGAUUCAAACGACAACCUGGUGUCAACAAGUGAAGCACUUGCACCAGCCAGGAAAUGGAAACUUAAAGACUGUAUUGCAGUCCACAAACUGCUAGGGACAGCUUUGGUUGACUGCGAUGCUGCAUCGAGAUGGAAAGUGCGAUGUGCUGAGUACUUCCCUUAUUCAGCAUACUUUGAGGGCAGGUGCAGCUCUGCCAUCUCCAAAUCAUCUGAACACCAGAUAUGCAAGAACUCUGAAAAUGGGGGUGCCAACCAUACUGCUGAUCAAAAUGCAGGUUCUAUUGCAUCAAAUGGAAAACUAGAGGCAUUUAAGAACCUCGCCAUCUAACUACAUCGUGAAAUGCUUUCAUCACUUAGUUCAUCCGCCAAGUGAUUGCAUCCAUGGGUAUGGUCUCACAAAACCAAUGCUGCAGCUCAGAAAUAUACCCAGUUGAAAGAAGAGUAGGUGGGAGCUGCCGAGGAGGAUCAAUAUGAGGUUUUGUGUUAAUUAUUGGCAAAUCCCAAUUACUGUUGCUCAGAGAUUUUUCUUUUUCUCUUUAAAAAUCCACCAGUUCUUACCCCACCCGAUUGUGAAAUGCAUUCAUUUGCAAAUGUGUAUAAUUUACUUCCCAUUGUGUUUCUAGGGUUUUUGAAUUAUCUAUUUGCUCACUUUUUUGGUGAGAUCCUAGACAAUGUUGGCUCCAUGGGUUUGUACUUGCAAGGUUUGGAUAAUUUCAUCUUCUAGCUUGAGGACUACGGACAUUUCCAACUUACUGGUCCCUACAUCCACUCAGCAUAGAGCACUUGCCCUGUAGAGCUGAUCUCCUGAGCAUGUUGUACUUGGCCCAUUUUUGUUGACCCUUUUAUUUAUUAUAUGUAUAAACACUUAAUUUUAUGUGAAAAAUUUUGGUAUGGAAUGCAAUGUUGUAGCAUUGAUUCUGUUUUA